AUGGCACCAGAAUUGAGAAAGCGAAAGUCUGCUUCUGACAUUCAGAAGCCCAAUGGCGCUGCCAAAGCUGCCCAGCCCAAGCGAAAAGCCCCUGAGGAGUCGUCGCCUGUGUCGCUGAAGAAGCAGAAGUCUGUCAAGAAGACCACUGUCACAAAAAAGACCGCCGUAAAGCCGGCGCAAAAGUCCAAGAGCAAGCCCGUCGAGGAAGUCAAGGUCGUCGAAGAGGAAACCACCAUACUCGAUGUCCCCGAUGAGUCCGAAUCAGAGGCCGAGGAGGGCAAGGAGGUCCAGGCGAUCGUGAAGGAACUCGACUCCGGCGACGAGGACAUCACCGAGGGCGACGCCAGCUUCCAGCCCGGACAAGAUGUGGGCAAGAUCCCCGAGGUUUCCAAGGACGUUCAGAAGCCCUCCAAGGGCUACAAGCCGGAGCCUGGUGUUAUUUACAUUGGUCGCAUUCCCCACGGUUUCUACGAGCACGAGAUGAGACAGUACUUUGAGCAGUUCGGUCCCAUUGUUGCUCUGCGACUUUCACGAAACAAGCAAACCGGUGCCAGCAAGCACUACGCCUUCGUUAAGUUUGCUGAUGCUGCUACUGCUGAGAUUGUGUCCAAGACCAUGGACAACUACCUCCUGUUCGGCCACAUCCUCAAGUGCCGCGUCAUUCCCAAGGAGCAGGUCCACGACGAUAUGUUCAAGGACGCCAACCGGCGAUUCAAGAAGGUCCCCUGGAACAAGAUGGCUGGUAGCAAGCUCAACAAGCCCUUGACCGAGUCCGCUUGGGCAAACAAGGUGUCAAAGGAGAACUCUAAGCGCUCAAAGAAGGCUGCUAAGCUCAAGGAGAUUGGUUACGAGUUUGAGGCUCCUGAGAUGAAGGAUGUGCCAGCGCCUGCGGCCAUCGGGAACGGAGAGGAGACCAAGGCCGUUGAGGAUGCGUCCGCUGAGAAGGAAGAGGCUAAAAUUGAGGAGGCCAAGGUCGAAGAGCCCGUUGAGGUUGUCGAGGCAGUUGUCGAAGAGACUGAGGUCGUGACCAAGCCAGCCCCCAAGGCCAAGGCCGCUAAGGGCAAGGCAACAAGAGCAAGCAAGGGCCGCAAGGCAAAGGCUUGA